AUGCUAAAUGAUUAUUUUAAUUGGUUAGAAGAUCAAUUACGGCUGAUUGCACACGACGUUUUUCCAUCAGAUCCAGAGAAAUGCGUUCAAUUAUCUAACAUAAAUAAAUACACUCGACUUUACCUUCGUCGUAUUAUUAAAGUUGCCAAUGACAAGUAUAAUUUGAAGGUCACCGAUGGGCAACUUGUGCAACUGUUGCAUGUAUCUCGUAAACAGUUUUCACAUUGGAUGUAUCAUGAUGCUUAUGCGGCCAAAGUGUUUCGUCGUGCCCGUUGUCUUUUAAGAGAUCUCAUAAUUAUGAUGAUUUACGAAGAUCGUGGCGAACUAUCGAAGGAGUAUAUUCCUCAGAAGCCAAUUGAUCGGCCUAGUAACAGAACUAUUGCUGACUGGCAACAACGGACACAACAAAUCCGCGAAGAAUAUCAAAACAAAAAUCUCUCAAUAAAAAAUUUGAAAGAAGCAGAAGAGUUGAUUGAUGAUAUACAAGCCGGAUAUGACUCUUCGUGGAUUUUAUGCUAUAAAAGCGAUAGUGAAGGUGACAUCUAUGGAGAAAGUGCUCACGACGAAACUCGAUUGUCGAACGAAAUUGAAUUGGAACCCAUUGAAUUGCUGGCAUUGAAUGGUGAUUCGACAAAUCAAACCUUGUAUCUUUGUCUAACAUAUCGCAUAAAUCUUCCAUAUAAAAGUUAA